AUGACUUGCGGAAUUGCUGGCGCCGGAAAGUCAACUCUCGCCAAAGCUAUCGUGACUCAACUUCCAAACUUUAAACGGCUUUCAAACGACCAAAUCAUCUACGAGUCUCAUGGUCUUUACAAUAUUGACUACCCCGCAGAACAGUACGAAGUGUACCAACAGGAAGCAAGCCAGAAACUUAUCGCAGAACUUGAACGUAUCCUGCAAGACAAGACCAACGAUGUAGUACUAGACUUAUCGUUCUACGAUAAAGAGUAUCGCGAUGAGUACAAAGAUAUUGUGGAACGUAACGGCGGUCGCUGGGUACUGGUAUACCUCGAUGCUGGCCGAGAUCUUCUGUGGAACCGGAUUCAACGACGAAGAGCCGAGAGGGACUCAUUAGACGCGAAGGAUCCUGAAAGAAAUGGUGACUCAGCCUUUGAUAUCGAUGAUGAGACCUUUGCUAUGUAUUUGGAUGGGUUUGAGCCACCAAGUGGCGAAGGGGAAAUUGUCAUCAAGGUAGAAUGA